AUGGUCGUGAUUUCUGGCCAUGGCAGGCGACAGAUUGAUAUCAGAAAUGGUCAGAUAUAUGAGUAUACACUCAUGAUUAGCUCAUUCAACGAGACUGAAAACGUGAACGACAAGGAUUCGAAGGCGCUUGGUACUCGAGCACUAGACUGGCAUAUCACAACUAACAUCCUCUCUCACGUUUCAUGUGAUGUCAUUCAAAUCCUAGACUGUUGUUACUGUCGUGGGACUAGUGAAUCAGGAAUAGAAACAUUGGUGGCUACGAUGGAAUCCGCUGAUAACAAGGAAACCGACACAUCCUUCUUGAACGCUCUCAUCACAACACUAAGGAAGCUUUCUGCAUCCCCUUUCACAAUUGCAGAUUUUUAUGAGAGGAUGUAG